UCUACUGUACCAGUCCGAGUAUGAAAACAAUAAACAAGGAGAAACGCAGGAGGACCUGUCGCUCUGUGUCGAAAUACAAUUUUAUGAAAAGGUAAACGUGCGUUAUUGAGCGACCAGUUUUCAGAGGAUAAGAAGCUGCACUGGGCCAGCACUGGUCCGAGCUCGAACAGUUUCUGUGUUUUUGUGUCAGAGAGAGAAUAGGAGGAAGUUCGCUAGCCAGUCUGAAGCUAGCCUCCCUGUCCUCUGCUGGUUAGCAGUUAGUACUGGGGAACGCGUUGUUUAGGCGAGCCUGCACUUGGUGUUUAUUGUUAUGCAGUUACCGGAGGACUGUAGUCUGCCUCGUCUCUCUCCGCCACCUCUUCACUCCCUCACCCCGCUCUCUCUGGCCCUAUGUCUCGGUGGCUCUUUCCCUGGUCGGGCUCGAUAAAGAAGCGGGCCUGUCGGUACCUAUUGCAGCAUUACCUCGGUCACUUCUUGGAGGAGCGUUUGAGUUUGGAGCAGCUGAGUUUGGACUUGUAUAAUGGCAGUGGAGUCAUUAAAGAAAUCAACCUCGACGUGUGGGCGGUGAAUGAGCUGCUAGAGUCGCUAGGGGCCCCCCUGGAGAUAGUGGAAGGGUUUGUGCAGAGUAUAGCAGUAACAAUACCAUGGGCAGCCCUGGUCACUGACCACUGCACACUCGAAGUCACUGGUCUACAGAUAACAUGCAGACCCAAGUACAGAACCAAUGGGACCUGGGACUCUCAAGGCUGGUCCUCAUGCAUGACCUCAAGCAUGCAGCUGGCCCAAGAGUGUCUGAAGGACCCACCUGAGACAUCUGAAGAGCCACCUGCCCCUCUAGAGGGUCUGGAAAUGUUUGCACAGACCAUUGAGACAGUUCUCAGGCGGAUAAAAGUCACUUUCUUGGACACUAUAGUGAGAAUUGAACACCAGCCCCUUGAUGCUGAGUCUGGGGUGGCCUUAGAGAUGCUAAUUAAACGGCUGGAUUACUGUGACGAGGCUGUGAGAGACUCGAAUCAGACAGUGCCUGUAGAUAUCCACCAGCCCCCAGCCUUUCUGCACAAGAUCCUCCAGCUGAACUCUGUAAAGCUGCUCUACGAGACUCUCGGAGAACCACAGGGACCACUUAUUCCUGAGGAUAUUCGAGCUAGUAAAGAUGAUGUGAAUGAUGAUGAUGAAAAAGAGAUGGACUCUGCCCCUCAGUCUUUACGGACGCCUCCUGAACCGCUGCUCAUUGGGAGCUGUUCUGGCUUUAUGGAGACCAUUGUUAAAAUUAAACAAAACGACAUGCUUCCAGGACCCAAGUUGGAGCUUGAUGGUAAGGUGGGCUGUCUGCACCUCUUGCUGUCCCCCAGUCAGAUUAUUCACUUGACAGACCUUUUGACGGCUCUCUGCAUUGAGACAGAGGGUAGCAGUAAUGCUCAUGGAGGUCCUGGUGGCAGCAGUCAUAGUAGGCCUCUGGGUUCAGAUGAUCUGAGGUUGAUAGAGGAAGAUCUUAGUAAGCAGCUUAGUGUAGACACAGCAGACAGAGAUUCAGAACUGGAUGCAGACCCUUACAUCUGUGGCCUGGAGAAUGGAGAAAUGUUUUACUCUAUGGGGCCUGGAUAUAUGACGAGCAGUGUGAUGUCAGCACGCUCAGGAAGCGAGCUGUCAGACAGUGACAUGGAGUCUUCAAUACACAGUCAAAGCAGCCUGGCUCAAACACAACCUCUAUCUCCACAGGGAAUACUCAAUUGCCCCAGACGUUAUCCUGUACCAGGUACCUUAUCCAGCUUGCCUCAAUGUAGCAGGCCUCCACGGCGCUCAUCCCAUGGUGGCCAAGCAGAAUCCAUGAAGCCUGACUCCUUGUUCCGCCUCUCGCUGGGGGGAGUCACUCUGACUCUUCUGGAGCAGGAGCCGCCCCCGGGUCCUGACGGCCUGUCCUCAAUGGCUGAAGUGUCACGGGUGUUCUUCCACGAGUUGGCCUUCUUCAGAGACAGUAUGUUCAGCGAGAGAGAUUUUCAGAACCUGAGAGGCAGCUUUGCUAAGGCUUGCCCUCAUUCACAUCUCAGGUUAACAGGAGCAGCAGUGCAAGUGGCAUGUGAGAUGCGUAGCUCUGGGCGGCAUGCCCGUUGUGUGACCUCUGACCUCUCCUUCAGCAGGCUGGAACUGCUGGAGUGCCUGUGGGAGCCAGGCAAUCCCCAGUACAUUGAGUUGCUGCAGUUCCAAACUGCUGGUCUCUUUACUGUGGGAGCCACUGCUAGACCCUGUGCACAACUACACUACAGCCUGACAGAGAAACACCAGCGCAAGAGUGGAUCAAAGCAGCGUGUGGUGCGCAGGGACAGCUCUCUGCGUGUAGAGCUAGGUGAUCUUACCACUGAGGUAGACCUGGACACGCUGGGCAGACUAGGAAGCAUUAUACAGGCUCUGAGCCACUGCCCCAGCCAGCCUUCAAAACCAGCGCACACACAGACUCAGUCAUUAGAAGUGCACUCCUCUCUUGCUGUCCUAUCCCCCCAUGUCGUGCUGAGGCUCCGCUUCCCCAUUCCUGACCUGCGACCUCUAGACCAGAGAAGGCCCAUUAAUGAGCGGGCCGUGCGUAAAGAGAUCCUCAGUCUGGAGAUAUCCAACCUAGAACUGAAGUCUCAGCAGGGACCAGAUAUACAGGAGGAGACACCUUCCACUCUCUGUGCCAGGCUGACACAGCUGCUUGAAGCCAGCUUCAGUGACCUGCACGGAAUUUAUGAAGGUUGGCAAGGAGAGUCUUUCCCUUGUAUCCGUGCCCAAAAGAGUUCAGACCCUCAGAACCCAGAUGGCAUGCCUAGAAUUGUUGUGCGUGUGAGUGGAGAAGCAGGCGCAGACAGUAGAGGAGUAGGUGUGGGUUUGAACCGGGAUCUGGGUCUUGGCUCUGUGUCUAUGGAAAACCCUUGUGAACUGAGAGAGAAGAACAGCUCCCCAUUCUCAUCCAACCAGACUAUGUUUGAGACAGAGGAGAUGGUGAUUCCAGCAGAUCCAGAAGAGAUGAAGGAAUUCCAGUCCCAGUGUGUGGCUCAAUGUCAGUAUGUGGUGGAUAUCACACUACCUGUGGCCUACAUCCUUUUGCCUGGCAAAGAGGCUUUCCAGAGCAUCUACAAUAGGAUCAAUAAUGAUUUGUUAAUGUGGGAGCCACCACCUCCCCCACCAACCCCCACAAAAAGCUCUAAUUGCCCCCCACAGCAACACAGAUCAGACGAUGAUGAGUUUCAGCUCUGCAAAUCUGCCUUCAGACUUGAAUCAGACUCAGAAGGGGAGGAUGAGCCUCAACUGUAUUCACACAGUGACCCACGGAAAAAGAAACAACAAGAGUCUCAGCCUAACCACGCCCUCAGUCUCCUGUGUUUAACAGUGCUUAUUGGCAAGGGCCGCAUACAAGCCAUGAUGGACACCAAGAAUGAGGCAGGGCGGAAAGUAGAAGACUGCCAUGGGGAGCUGAUGCUAGACUUUGAAGGCGGAAAGAUAUUCAGUGUUACACAACAUCAAAACAAUCCCAAUCUGAACUUCUUGACGAUAGAGAGCAAAAAGGUUGAUCUCUACCACAAAGCGGAUGUCCCAGAUUCCCCUAUUCCUGUUCGAUUAGAAAUGCCCAGGUUCAUCCCUCCAAAGCAUCUGGACCCAACAAUUUAUCCCACAGAAGUGGGGGUCAGCAGUGUUUGUGGUAGAGACACAGGUGGUCAGAUGCUGUCAACUGCAAUCAAAAUCACACUUGACCUUCAGCGCAAUGUUAAGGAGUUUCUGGUUGCCCUACGGCUCCAGGGUGCUACUUUGCGGCAUCAUGUGGCAUUGACCAAUCACAGCUGGCAUGAGCAGCUGGUUGAUUUCCUUGAUGUCAUUGAUGACGAUAUUCUAGGAUAUACUGCUCCUGCCGUCAUUACAGUCUUGCACACCCACCUGGCCACCUGCGCAGUUGACUACAGGCCCCUGUAUCUUCCAUUGCGAGUGUUGUUUACAGCAGAAUCCUUCUCUUUGUCCAGUAAUAUCAUUGUGGAUACUGCUACCUUUCACCUCAGGUUCAUCCUGGAUGACUCUGCGCUGUAUCUAACUGAUAAAUGUGACAGUGAGACUGUGGAUUUGAGACGAGACUAUGUGUGUGUAUUAGACAUUGAUCUAUUGGAACUGGCCAUUACUACAUGGAAAGGCAAUGACACUGGCAAGUUGACCCAGCCUCUUUUUGAACUGCGCUGCUCAAAUAACGUGGUUCAUGUGCGAACAUGUGCAGACUCCUGUGCUGCUCUGGUGAACAUCCUACAGUACUUAGUUUCCCAGGGUGACUUGCACCCACCCCCACGCCACACCUCUCCUACUGAGAUUGCCGGACAAAAACUUCCGCUCUCAGAAACUCCUGCGCCUUUACCACCCUGCCCACCUGCAGAGACAGCAGAGAUUAACCAGUAUGAUCUCACUGAUGCCUUGAUUGAUACAGAAAGGACCCAACGUGAAGAGGACCAAGACAUUGACUCCCCUUCCUCAGUAAAGAGAGGUUCCCCUGUCUCAGUCUACUUGUUUCCUGGAGAAGCCCCCAAGUCACGUGCUGCUGUGCCAGAGGGGGAUGAGUCAGAUCUUGACCACCUUGUGUCCACAGCAACAGAGGCUCAUGCAGAUAUGAUGUCUGAGGAGGGUUCUGAGGGCUCUACAGACAAUGAUGACUUCUGUAUUCUAGAGGCUCCUGGCAUGGGCAUUCCUCCUAAGGAUGGAGAGCCAGUUGUGACUGUUUUGUGUGAGGGUCCUAUAAAAGUGCGUGAUGGCUACUUCUCUCGGCCUCGGGGCAGCUCUGACCUGCUGCGGGCCCCUGCUCGCUUCCCUGUUCCCCAGAGUAGGGUGGUACUAAGAGAGGUAUCCAUAGUUUGGCAUCUCUAUGGGGGCAAAGACUUUGGAGGCAAACCUACCUCUGCUCACACACAACUCAGCCACAGGGGGCGUUCAGCUCCUCUUGGUGCCCGUGGUUCUCCCUCUCGCUCAGCAGGCUCCUCAAGACCGCAGAACUCCUGGCGAUGGGUGGGAGGCAGUGGUAGACAGCACUCGCUGCUAAUGGAGAUACAGCUAACUAAGGUCAGUUUCCAGCACGAAUCCUACCCUGUGGUGACGCCCCCUGCAGUCCCAGGGCAGGAUGUGGAUGGCCCGGGGAUCGGUGAGCAGCCUCUAUCCCGGCAGGUGUUCAUCGUGCAGGAGCUGGAGGUGCGCGACAGACUGGCUUCAUCCCAAAUCAACAAAUUCCUGUACCUGUACACCAGCGAGAGCAUGCCCCGCAGAGCCCACUCCAACAUGUUGACAGUAAAAGCUCUGCAAGUGCUUCCUGAGUCUGGACUGGGGGGCCCAGAAUGUUGCCUGAGGAUCAGUCUGCUGCCCCUCCGACUUAACAUAGACCAGGAUGCACUUUUCUUCAUGAAGGACUACUUCAGCAACCUGGCUGCUGGGGUUAACCCAUACCUGCCUGUUGACCCUGCAGCUGAAGUGAAGGCAGAUGCUACACAAAAGCAGUCAGAGGAUGCAGAACCUGUCUCUGGCUUGGGUCCUGAUCUCACUGCUUCUGUGGAGACAACUUAUAGUGAGCAGAGCUCCUCUUCAGCUGGUUCCUCCUCUUCUUCUGACCAGCCAAUUUAUUUCAGAGAGUUCCGUUUUACCUCAGAAGUUCCCAUCUGGCUUGAUUACCAUGGAAAGCAUGUGGCCAUUGAACAGGGAACAUUUGCAGGAAUUCUGAUUGGCCUUGCCCAGCUGAACUGCUCAGAGCUGAAGCUGAAGAGGCUGUGCUGCAGGCAUGGUUUGCUGGGUGUUGAUAAAGUCAUUCAGUAUGCUGUGAAUGAGUGGCUAACUGACAUCAGGAAGAAUCAGUUACCAGGCAUUCUGGGAGGUGUUGGUCCAAUGCAUUCUGUAGUUCAGCUCUUCCAUGGAGUGCGGGAUCUGUUCUGGAUGCCUAUAGAGCAGUAUAGAAGAGAUGGGCGCAUUAUCCGUGGCCUACAGAGGGGGGCAGCAUCUUUUGGCACUUCAACAGCUUCUGCUGCCCUGGAGCUUAGCAACAGGCUGGUGCAGGCUAUACAGGCCACUGCAGAAACUGUGUACGACAUCCUGUCACCAACUCCACCCUUGACUCGGUACAUCACAGAAGGACGCCCCGCCACCCGUCCCAGGCGAACCCCCCAACCAGCAGACCUCAGAGAAGGGGUGGCCAAGGCCUAUGACACAGUCAGAGAGGGAGUGAUUGACACGGCUCAGACCCUGUGUGACGUGGCUUCUCGUGGGCACGAGCAGAAAGGUCUUCCAGGGGCGGUCGGUGGGGUUUUGCGUCAAAUCCCACCCACUGUGGUGCGUCCCUUAAUAGUGGCAUCCGAGGCCACGUCCAACUUACUCGGAGGCAUGCGGAACCAAAUCAAACCUGAUGCGCGAAAGGAGGACUUCUUGAAGUGGCGCACAGAAGACGGCCAAGAAUGACUGUCAGAGAUGCUUGCUAAAUGACUCUUUUUGCUAGUGCGAAUGGUAGAGUGACUGUGCGAGUGAAAAUGUGAGUAUUAAUUCAGACAUGAUGAUGAAGGAGAAGAAAACAAAUUUGUCACUCAGCUAAGCCUGAGAUGUUUUAAGUGGCUUCCAGAUGUUAGUUGCACAUUUUUCAUGUUCAUGCAAUGCAAACAUUUUCUGUGUGCACUUUGGUACAAGCAAAGCUGUCUGUAGAUGGCCAAGUGCAAUUCGCUGCCGUCUCAUCUUAUCUGAAAGUAUGCAAUCAUAUCGAUCUUGAACACUGUUUACCAUUUACCAAAUUACCUGUUUAUUGUUUCUUUCCUUCUCGUAUUACACACCUGGGGCAUCGAGGAUGUUUAGCUGUCUUUCUUUAAUUAUUCAAAUUGCUCAGUAUUUCUUUCUGUCAUCUAUAACAACUGUGACAUUGCUCAUGUCUGCGUAGAAGAAUGAGACAAUAUCUGUCAACAUCAAGCCGUUGAUUAUGAUUUUGGACUAUUCACAUAACUCUGACCCUGGUGUUUAUUGUGCCAUACUUCUGUUCACUAUUAAGGUGAGCAACAAUCAGUUUGACCAUUAGUUUGACAAAGUCUGUCUCCUCCUAAUGCCAGUAUACCGUAUACAUGCUCCUGUAGCAUAGCACCCACGCAUUAGUUUUCUAAUCAAUCACUAUUUUGUUUUGAUUUGUAGUUCAUAAAAACUUUGCUAAAAAAAGCCUUUUUGUUUGCUUUCCCAAAUUCAGACUUGCUUAGCUCCAUCUUGUUAUUGCCUUUCUAAAUUUUAAAACUGUUUAUUUUAUUUUGUAAUUAUGACUAACAACAUGAUUAUCAUACUCAUUGUGAUGAUGUCUGUGUAUGAGGGAUGGCUUUCAGUGACUGAAAGCGUGGAAAGAGGUUUGUGGGUAAUACUUCACACUUUUUGUUAAACAUAAAACAGUACAAAUUAAGGGAAGUGGUGUGAGUGUAGGAUUGUGUGUGUGCGUGUGUGUGUGUGUGUAUGUACACAGUGUCUUAUGCGUGGAUGAGUGCAGAGGUGCAUGUUAGUGGGUUGAUCAUUGUUUUGUUGAGGUGAUCUGUUGGCUAUGUGUUUUUUCUGUAAUUACUGCUAUAUCAUAAGCUGUAAGAAUGACCUGUAUAAUACCAAGACAAUGUGUAAACAAAUUAAUACAAAAAUAAUAAAACAUGUACAUUUGAAUAAA